AUGUUCUCUGCUAUGUCGCGUUGCAGGACGAUCUUUGCCAGCCUCGGCCUGGACGAAGCAGUUCUCCCCCACGACCAUGCAUGCCUGACCAAGGCCACGGGGAAGUUGAGCGACGCUGGAUACAUCGACUCGUACAUGAAUAACAGCAAAUUCGUCCUUUGA